AUGUGGAUGGUAGCGGCCUUUACAGCACUAUUUGGAGCGACCACGGCUCAACAUUACGAACAUUUAAGCCUACAAAGUGGCCUCCAAAAUGUGGCGGUAAAGCCUUGGCCCGCUCUUCGAUUUCACAUUUCAGUCAAGCACAGCUCUUUGAUGGUUCACGGGCAGUCGAAGUUUACCAUUUUUGCCAAUCCUGUAGUUUUCAACAAUGGGACUACGAGUGUGCUGUACGAUACUAUCGCCACUUUUACUGAAAACUCGACCGUCUAUCAAUAUACCCAAGUGAACGGCAUCUCGUACGUAUUAAAAAGUCACGUGGAGGGUAGCAGAGCCUCUCAUUCUGUAAAGUGCUUAGAAUCAGACAAUUUACCGUCGGUAAAUUCAUUCGUUGCUGGACUACAAGAAGUUUUCCCUUUAUCUGAAGUCUCGUCCGGCAGUAAUCAUGUGUUUGAGUGUUCCAGCAAGAACAAAUUCAAGGUGUAUAUAAGUGGAGUAACGUUUGGACUCUGCGAUUUAAGUUCUACAGGAUUUUUUAUUGCUGGCAGUGAGAUAAAUAUCAAGGUUGAGUACUCAAAAGACAGGAAGGACAUCCAUGUCCCAACUCAAAGGGCGACUUUGGCAGCUAAUUGCACAGUGGUGGCAUCGCCAUCCUUAGUGACUUCAACGGGAAAAUUGAUACUGACAGGUCAGCCGAUUGCUAGGGAAAGCACGCGAAUUCUGAAGGCUGAUAUGGAUGUUAGAAAUCACGAAAGGAAUUCUUCAUGUUCGUGCAAGUCAACACCACGUCCGUGCAUUUUCAUUCAUGGUCAAGGCAUCAAAAUAGAAAUGGCAGAAAAUCAGGACACGUUUCCUACAAUCUAUUGGGGGAAUAUGACAAACCACGCUCCCUGUUGCACUUCGAUUAAGUACGCAGUUCUCAACACAGUGAAUUACUCCUGGACCGAUGAUAGUCAACAACAGAAAGUAUGCGAUCGAGCACUUGCAGUGAGUGAAACGAGUACUAAAUCCAAGAUUUCUGAUACUAUCAUUAUUACACACUCGAUGGGCGCGUUGAUGCUCAGUGGCGCCAUAGCCAAAGGAAAGUGUAGCAUUGCUGCGAGUUCAACUUGGAUUAGUACUGGAGCUCCUAUGAGAGGUAACGUGGGCUCGAAGUAUCUACUUGAUUCCUGCGAUGGCAAAACUAAUUUAAUAAUGGAGAUGAUUGCAAAAAAAACUGGGAAGUGUCCUGUUAGCGCAUCAAUUCGAUCUCUUGUUUACGAAGGUAGUGACUACGCAUCCGCUGAGCUGAAUCAAGCGUACAAGGCCGCGCAAGAGGUGUAUCGAACCUAUGUAUAUGCAGCGAUGUGCAGCUAUAAACACUCUGGACUCAUUUCAAGAUAUCAAUGGCAAUUCUGGGUGCUAGGCAGCAUAUUUCCACAUCUGUCUUCUCAAAAUGAUGGUCUGGUGGAUUUUCACAGCUGCGCCGGUGGAAUCCCGGAAUCCAAAUUUGGCAAGAACUAUCGUGAUCAGUUCUACCUGACAAAACUUAAUCAUAUCGACUUGGCUUUUCUCAGCGGCGAUGCAUUAUUUGAUGAAGCGAAAAUGCCAGUUAAAUGGUUCGAGUGUCUCUUAUAA